AUGCCCAGUGUAGCAGAAGAAUUGGCAGCCUUGAAACAGCGCAGCUUGACCAAAAACUUGGCCUCCAAACUGAAGGAUGCAGAUGGUCUUUCCACUCCCGAACAAGAAGAUGCGACGAUUCAAAAAACCAACAAGACCAAUCGGGCAUCCAUGUACAAGAAAGAUGCGGUAGAGAAUUUGAAGGCUGGUACCAAAGCUGUAGAUCAAGACUUGGCGUUCAAGCAAAAGCAAAUUGCACAAAAGAAGCAAGAUAUGCAAAAGAAGGAGGAAGCUGCCAAGAAUCUAAAGAGUUUCAAGGGCGUGGCGGGAGCUCCAGCAGCGAUGCCAAAACAACAGCAGAAAGCAGCCAAGAACGGGUCCGCCAGCAACAGUACUAGCAGUAGUAAAGAGACCACCGCUCCAACGCCUGCACCUAAACCUAAACCUGCACCUGUCAAGGAAACAACCACCCCAACUCCCAUAACCGUUACAGAACUGGAUGAUACCAUUGUUCCUGAGCUCGAUGAUUCGACUGGUUCAGACUUUGUUGAUAUUAUGGACGACAUUCCCGAUUUGGUACAGGAUGCCAUGGUUCCUAACAAUACGAAUGCCGCAGCAGCAGCAGCAGCCGCAUCUCAGCCAUAUGUUCCUCCUCCCAAACGGGUCCCCAAUCGUGCCGAAAAGAAGGCCAAAAAGACAGUCGAAAAGUUGGGCAUGAAAUCGGUCCCGGGGAUUGCCCGAGUGACACUCAAGAUGAAUGGAAACCAAGGAUUCUAUUCCAUCUUCCAACCAGAUGUUUACGAAAAGAAUGGAACUUAUAUCGUCUUUGGAGAAGCUCAACAGGGUACGGGUGCCAUGGAUCAACAAGCACAGGCCGCUCGUGCCGCCAAAAUGUUGGACACUCCCGUUCCCACACCCACCACGGCGGCGGCUGCUGCUGCGGCUGCUGCUGCUGCCAAGGAAGACGAUGCGGACGUAGACGAGACUGGUCUACAAGCCAAGGACAUUGACUUGGUCAUUAGUCAAGCUGGUUGCUCGCGAAGCAAGGCCGUCACUGCGUUGCGUGAGAAUAAUGGAGACUUGGUCAACGCAAUCAUGAGCCUAACUACGUAA